AUCGAUAAGUUUUUUGUUUGCAUUUCAUUUUCUUAUCACACAGUUUUGGUUUCGAAAUUAUUCAUAAAAUGCCAGCUUUUAAUCACUGUAACUAAAAUAAAACUUUAAUCAGAAGAUGGAGCCAAAUGGAGAGAUCUCUGCCUAUCGGGCUCGGAUUUCCACAAUUGCUGUGCUAGAUCUGGAGACUACAAACUUACCUGCCUAUUCUCACAACCGGGUGGGCAUUACAGAACUAUGCAUACAUGCCUUUGAUGCAGCUCUUCUGACAGAAAGGAAAGGAGAUGAGGACGGAAAAAAUGCCGUAAAAUCUAUCCUGCCACAGCCACCACGAGUGCUGCAUAAACUAAACCUGUUGUUUCAACCCUCCAUGAUGGUCCACCCGGAUGCAGAGGAUGCCACAGGUUUGAGCAACUACCUUCUGGAACGUGAGUCAAAGUUUAGCAAGGAUUCCGUGGGGCUGAUACUCAGUUUUAUGAAGCAUUUGCCAGCUCCCGUUUGCCUAGUGGCACACAAUGGUUGGAACUUCGAUUUUCCCAUCAUCAAGCAGGCCCUGGAGAAGCAUAUCGCGGAAAUUCCCUCCUCCGGACUCCUCCCUGGAGUAACUUGUGUCGAUUCGCUUCGUGCGUUUUUGGAGAUAGACGACAGGUGCCCUGAAGAAGAAGGUUUAUUGGAAAUGCCAGAGAUAGCUUGCGCGGAAACUGCUCCCAAAAAGGAAGCUGAUACCGCCCAGGAUUGUGCGCUUACAGCAAAGCAGCAGCUCUCCGAAGAGAUAGAAGUUCAGCCGUUCCAGGAACCAAAACCGAUGAAGGAAGUUGAUUGGCGAAAAAUGAAUGAAACCACUCCCAAACGUCCUAUUUCGUCGCGCAGUGAAGCUGCUUCCAAGCGCCGAAGAUCGUUUGAUGACGACGAAGAACACUCGGUAGCAAAAAGGGGGAUAAACGAAUUUCGGUCGCGUCGCCAGUUGUUCAGCGGGCUGGAAUGUGCCAAAACUGAACGCCGCCCCCCUCGUGGUAAAUAUCGAUUGGGAAAUUUGUACUCGAGCAGAUUCAAUUGCCCAGCAACAAACGCUCAUCAGGCGGAGGCUGAUGUGGUCAUGCUGACGUCGCUUAUCCAGGAUUACGGCAUGGAUUUCCUGGCGUUUGCCGAGGAGCAAGCUAUUCCGUUUGAUCAGGUUGUGUCCCUGGGGACACCUAAGGGGCAAUAACCGUUGUAUUCCAAUUAUUUAAGAUGUUUUAAUGAUAGUCAAAGCAUUUUAACGUGUAUAUUUUUUAUAUAUUUUUAAAUCUAUAAGAUGUUUUCAUCAAAUGCAAUCAGAUAUACAAAUAAAAAAACAUUCAUCUUUUUUUAAACA